AUAUCAGGUGCUUAUGUUCAUUGCUCAAGCUCUGGGCCCAGAAUAAGCACUUUGGCCGCUACAUACACCAUAAAAUAUAUUUAUCAUCAUCUUCCCGUAGAACUCACACUACACAUGUCCUUGGCGGCUCUGAACCAUUUUAGCCCUAUACAGCACUUGCCCAAUCAGAUCGUCUCCCUUCUGAUUGGCAGACAUUCCAACCGAUAGAUAUUGGGAAUAGAGAUAAAUCAUCCAAUGAGAGCGGGGAUUUCUGGGUCUCAGUCGGACAGCGGGCGACCGACGUCACGGUGAUCGUUAAGUGCGCUAGGCGUCCGAAGGAGAGUUUAACGGCCGCUGCCUGAGGGAGGGUUGGUGCGCGUGCGCGGGAUGUGAGUGAAUGAGAGCCGCCCAGUCCCCAGAGAAACGGUGAAGGCGUGAUGGACCCUCCCCCACUCCCUCAUACCCAGCCGGAGCUGCCUCGGGAAGCGGCUGACAUGGCCGGGAGGCAGGCGAACGGCGGGCCGGUGCCCAACACGACGUGCCUGCAGGGCUUGCCGCCCCUGCCCAAGAGCCUGAGCGGCCUGCUGAACUCGAGCGGCGGCUCGUGGCGCGAGAUCGAGCGCGUGUACGCCAAGCGCUGCAUGAUCCAGGAGGACCUGAGCCGGGCCCGCAGUGCGGGCAGCCGGCGCGCCCAGCAGCCCAGCAAGCCGGCCAACCUGGACGCUGCCCUGGCCCUGCUCCGCAAAGAAAUGGUUGGUCUGCGCCAGUUGGAUAUGUCAUUGCUCUGCCAGCUGUGGUCUCUUUAUGAAUCCAUUCAGGAAUAUAAAGGAACAGCUGCAGCAAAUUCUGAUUGCUCCUAUGGACUGGAAAAUGGAUACUUCGAUGAAGAGGAAGAAUAUUUCCAGGAAAGUGUGGAAAAUGGGAAAGCUGACAACUUGGAGACAAAUCUCGCAGUGCCUAAAACUCUCAAUUCCCGAGACCAGUGGAUGCAGGAUUCCUUUCACAUUACCAUAUAGAGAUGUUCUGCAGUUUUGGCCUUCACACUGUUUCUAACCAAAUACCAUUGUAGAUUUUGGAAACAAGUUUAAGUGUGGGGGAGGGGCCCUCAAUCUAAUCUGGAGAGAAGAUAGAAUGGAAAGAAAGUUUUAGUAACAAGAUUUCAUUAGCCAAGUUAAGCAGUGUUAGUUGGCAGCAUUGUACACAUUCAUGUAAAGAUCAUUUGAUAAGAUUGGUACUUAACUGUCUUUUACUCAAAAAGAGCAAAUUGCUUUGAGCUAAAUACUAUUUAUUUGUUUUUGGCUAAUGCCAAAGCAGGGAUUUAAGUUUAUUGUUGGGGCCAGGCUUUUUUUUUCUAGAUGCUGAAGCACUAGAGUUGGGCUGCUGUUGGUGGUCUUUGAGAAAUCAAAAUGGCAGGUUUAAUUUUCAAGCUGAGCAAAUGAGUUUGUAGGCCUGAACAAUAUAAACACUGUGAUUACCAUAUUAAGGGCUGAGAACUUUUUCUUAAAAUAAUUACAAGAUUAUAGUCACAAAAGAAUUAAACUAAUCAUUCUAGUCGUUUUGUAUUGGAAUGGAAGUCCACUCCCUGCCAUGUGUAAAUAAAAUCCAGUUUUGCAUGUCAGACUGUCCUGCCCUUGCUGUUUGCUGAGAGAUAGUGGUUUUGGAUUACAGUAAACUGGAAAGUGAUUAAGCUUGGCAGUAAAUUUGGAGUGUAUUUAUGUAAACAUGAAGUAGGAAUGAAUCACACUGAUAAUUUUCUUUUGUUACAUUUAACUUUGUGCUCUUGUUCUGCACUAAUCCAGAAAAAAAAUGUUUUUUUAACCUGGUCUUGUGAUCCAAAACACACACACACUGCAAAAUAACUUGUUGGCAAGCUGGAAAGUAUAAAGCUGGUGUGAAAGAGUUCCUGGGAAUUGUUUAGAAAUAAUGAUUUAAUAUUAAUUAUUACAAAGAUAUAAUAAAAUAUUUGCAUAACUGCUAGUGAAUAAUAACAGAAUAAUUAGGUUAGCCCUGAGGUGGUUGUAAGAAUGAGUUGAUUAUAGGAUUAUCUGAACUUAUUAAAACAGCAAUGUUUUGCUGCAGAAUAAAAUGUUUUCUGUGUAAAAUAGGAGAGAACCAAAUCCCUACAGUUAAACACAGUGCUGCUGGAAUUGUCAUCAGAACCAACCUCUUCCAUCAAAUCAUAAUUAUUUUCAUUUACUUUAUUUUUCUAAACUUCUAUUGCUAAGGUACUCUAGGGUUUUUAAAAUAACAACAAUCAAAGCCCAGCAAGAGUAUACAAAUUUAAUUAAUGAGAUUAAGAGUUUUUAUACCAAAUUUAACUUGUUUUAUUAUAUAUGGAAGACAAACAUGCAGCUAGGGCUACUUCACUUAGUGAACUUGAUUAACUAUACAGAGCCCUAUAUUGAAAAUGCAGUUUCUUUCAUGGUUUGCAAAGCUGUUUUUAUAACAAGUCAUUUUGUAUCUUGAGGUUUGGUGUUUGAAAUUAUUAAUUCAGCUUUUUUACUAUUUCUAAUUUAUGAAGUUGGUGCAGAAUUAUAUUAAAAGUUUUGUUUAGGACACUUUAAGAGGAUAGAAAAUCCAGUUCAAUAACUUUUGCACAGCACUUUUGAUUUUUUUUGGACUUGCAUUUCAAGUGCUGACUAUCUAUAUUAAGUUUUCAGACUAGGUACUUGUGCAUGGCCUUUUGAGAGCAACUUGUUUUCCUUGAACAUUGCAAGGGAUUUAACAUCACUUUAUCACACUGACCACUAGAAUGUUUUCAAAAAAGACAAUGACACUUAUGAUCUAUCAUUUGUUCUUGCCUCCUACCCAUUAACAUUUAAGUUCUUAGUGCAAUUUUAAGAUUUCAGCUGUUGUAUUUGUUAUUUAAAUGAACUGCAAAAUCAACAAGUCUUCCAGUUUACUAUACUGAAUGUGUCCAGUGAAAGCAGGAUUUUUAUGCAGCUGGGACAUUCAAUUUAAAACAUGCUUCUUGUCCAUUUGCACUUGUAUAUUUCAAAUGUUAGCUCUUGAUUGCUUUGGAGUGGUUGUGGUUAUGUGAGACUAAUCUGCAUGCAUUGUAAUAGGUUCAAAGCUGGGAAGAAAACACUUCGCAUCAUUAAAUUUAUUAGCAAAGAAAAAUAGCAACCCUUGAUGCCUAGCCUAUUGUUGAAGGCACAAAUAUUGUGUAUUUCACAUUUUAAACCUAUACUGUGAUUUUUUUUUUAAACCUCACUUUUAAAGAUGCAGUGACCAAAUACAGAAACCAUGGAUGUUUUUUCUAAAGGAUAAUAAACCUAAACUGGUAACA